AUGCCUAUCCCAGUUGGAAAUAAGAAUGAUUUUGCAGCUUUACAAGCAAAGUUAGAUGCAGACGCUGCCGAAAUUGAAGAAUGGUGGUCUGACUCACGUUGGAGUAAGACAAAGAGAGGUUACUCAAGUAGAGACAUUGCUGCCAGACGUGGUACAUUCCCACCAGUCGAAUAUCCAUCUUCGGUUAUGUCUAGAAAAUUAUUCAAGGUAUUGGAACAACACCACAGUAAAGGCACAGUUUCCAAGACCUUUGGAGCCCUUGACCCUGUCCAGAUUACUCAAAUGGCUAAGUAUUUAGACACUAUCUACAUUUCUGGUUGGCAAUGUUCUUCGACUGCAUCCACUUCAAACGAACCUGGUCCGGAUUUAGCCGAUUAUCCAAUGGACACCGUUCCAAAUAAAGUGGAGCAUUUGUUCAAAGCUCAAUUGUUUCACGACAGAAAACAACUAGAAGCUCGUGCCAAAGCAAAAUCUCAACAAGAACUAGACGAAAUGGGAGCACCAACUGAUUACUUGACACCAAUUGUAGCCGACGCUGAUGCCGGUCAUGGCGGUUUGACUGCAGUUUUUAAGCUAACUAAGAUGUUUAUUGAACGUGGUGCUGCAGGAAUUCAUAUGGAAGAUCAGACCUCCACGAACAAGAAAUGUGGUCACAUGGCAGGAAGGUGUGUUAUUCCAGUCCAAGAACACGUCAACAGAUUGGUGACUAUCAGAAUGUGUGCUGAUAUCAUGCAUUCAGAUUUAGUCAUUGUUGCCAGGACUGACUCAGAGGCCGCUACUUUGAUCAGCUCAACAAUCGAUACAAGAGACCAUUACUUUAUUGUCGGUUCCACCAAUCCCAACAUAGAACCAUUUGCUGAAGUGUUGAAUGGUGCAAUUAUGAAUGGUGCUUCUGGGAAGGAAUUAGCCGACAUUGAACAAAAAUGGUGCAGAGACGCUGGUCUAAAAUUGUUUCAUGAAGCCGUUAUCGAUGAAAUCGAAAGAUCAGGAUUGUCAAAUAAGCAAGAAUCAAUCAAAAAAUUCACUUCUAAAGUGGGCCCACUAACCGAAACAUCCCACAGAGAAGCCAGAAAGCUCGCCAAGGAAAUUUUAGGUCGUGACAUUUUCUUUGAUUGGGAACUACCACGUGUAAGGGAAGGUUUAUACCGUUACAGAGGUGGUACUCAAUGUUCUGUCAUGAGAGCUCGUGCAUUUGCUCCAUACGCGGACUUGGUAUGGAUGGAAUCUAACUACCCAGACUUCCAACAGGCCAAGGAAUUCUCUGAAGGUGUUAAAGAAAAGUUUCCUGACCAAUGGCUCGCUUACAACUUAUCUCCUUCGUUCAACUGGCCAAAGGCCAUGUCUGUUGACGAGCAACACACUUUCAUUCAGAGACUAGGAGAUUUGGGCUACAUCUGGCAAUUUAUCACUCUAGCCGGUUUACAUACCAAUGCGUUAGCAAUCCACAACUUCGCUCGUGAUUUUGCUAAGGACGGUAUGAAAGCGUAUGCCCAGAACGUUCAACAAAAGGAAAUGGAUGAUGGUGUCGACGUGUUGAUGCACCAAAAGUGGUCGGGAGCAGAAUACAUCGAUGGCUUGUUGAAAUUGGCACAAGGCGGUGUUAGUGCGACAGCCGCAAUGGGCACUGGUGUCACUGAAGACCAAUUUAAAGAAAACGGAGUAAAGAAGUAG